AUGUCAGAGGGAUUAAGUGCAUUGCAGAGGUCUGUAUUAGAUAAAUAUAGAUCGCUGGCCGAAUCACUUCAUGACUUGGACGAUACGUUAGUUCAGCUGAGCAGAGAUAAAGAUACGAAUCCGGAACAAGUAUUAGCGCAAAUGAGAGAAAUAGAAGUAAAGAUUGCACUGGUUGGCACUUUAAUGAAAGGUAGCGUUUAUUCUCUAGUGUUGCAACGUAAUAUGCAUAUAUCUCAGAAAUAA